GAAAAAAUGAUGUCUGUUGUAAGAUUCCUGCUGAAUCUCUGUGUUGCUGCAGUAGAAAAUGACAAAGAUGCAGGAACAAGAUUCUCGACUCUGCUGUCAUCUGUGUGCAGCUACAAAACCUUCCCUUUUGUUGAAGAGUUUGAUGAUUAUGAUGAUGUUCAGAGAGAUUUCCUGCUGGAUCUUUGCUCACAUGUGAAGAACUAUGAGACUCAAACAGGCAGGAGUUUCCUUCCAGCAUUACAGUCAGUUUUCCAGUCACCUGAUGAAUGGAUCAUAGAUCUCUCACAGAGAAAGAGCUCCGUCCUCCUGGAAGUGCUGAAACUACAAACACAGAAGAAACCAGUAGAUCUGAGCGGAUGUUCAGAGGAAGAGAGUGAAGUGAAGAGUUUCCUUCAGUGUCUGCCCUACAUCUCACAGCUGAGAUUGUCUGAUCUAAGUAAAAGUGAUCUAAGCAAAUUUCUUCUGCAACUCUUCAUUAAAGCAGCAGAGAUUGAGACACAGACAGGAGAACAGAUGCUGAAACUGUUAUUAUCAGUCUGCACCAGCUCUUCUGAUUAUAGAUGGACUUACAUAUUUUAUGAGAGUGAUUUCCUGCUGGAUCUUUGCUCACAUGUGAAGAACUAUGAGACUCAAACAGGCAGGAGUUUCCUUCCAGCAUUACAGUCAGUUUUCCAGUCACCUGAUGAAUGGAUCAUAGAUCUCUCACAGAGAAAGAGCUCCGUCCUCCUGGAAGUGCUGAAACUACAAACACAGAAGAAACCAGUAGAUCUGAGCAGGAUGUUCAGAGGAAGAGAGUGAAGUGAAGAGUUUCCUUCAGUGUCUGCCCUACAUCUCACAGCUGAGAUUGUCUGAUCUAAGUAAAAGUGAUCUAAGCAAAUUUCUUCUGCAACUCUUCAUUAAAGCAGCAGAGAUUGAGACACAGACAGGAGAACAGAUGCUGAAACUGUUAUCAUCAGUCUGCACCAGCUCUUCUGAUUAUAGAUGGACUUACAUAUUUUAUGAGAGUGAUUUCCUGCUGGAUCUUUGCUCACAUGUGAAGAACUAUGAGACUCAAACAGGCAGGAGUUUCCUUCCAGCAUUA